UCGAUGGUUUCUGUUUGAGCUUCGCUGUUUGCUGAAAAGCCGUGACAUAGGCCUUGGUCAGAUUCAGAGGUAAGACGACACUGGAAAGACACUUUUGUCUCCAGGAAGACCAAGCCUUGGGAAGCCCAGCAGGAAAGUCCCCUGGGUUACGUGUCCUGGAAAGAAGGUGGUCAUGGAGCUCUUGGUAAUGGCCACUCUCACUGUGAACAUCUGGGCUUGUUCAGGUUUCCCUGUCUAUGACUAUGAUCCAGCCAUGAUGAGGGAAGCUCUCAGGGCCUCAGUUGAAAAGGUGAACUCCCAGUCUCGAAGCCCAAAUUUGUUCCGGGCAUACAAGAGUUCAAUUAAAAGAGUCAUCUUCAUGAAUGAGAAUGAUUUGACGAUGGACAUCGACUUUGGGAUCCGAGAGACUGAAUGUAGGAAAGAGUCUGGAAACCCACCAAGCACCUGUGAUUUCAAAAGGGGCUACUACACGCCAACAUUGUCCUGCAGAAGCACAGUAGAGAUCUCUGCUGAGCAGGUGCAGACCGUGUGGGUCCGCUGCCAUCAAGCCUUCCCCGGCUCUGAUUCUAGUAGCAGUGAAGAGAUUUUGGGGGGCAGACUGGGAUCGUACAACUGGAGAAGCUAUUACAUGAGAGAUGUAGACAUCAAUGAACCCCGCCGUGAGCCACUUUAUCAGAGGUCACUGGGUAUCAGGAAUGCAGAGAUGUUUCCUCCCAGAAGCAGAGGCCGCCACAAUGCCCAGCAUCCAUACAGUGUCUUUGAAUAGCAAUAGCGAGUUAAAUGGGAGCAGAAGAUCAGGAUUGCGAGGAGCACAAAGGCAGUAUCAGCAUUCACCCCUGUAGUUCAGUCUCACUGCCUUUGUUCUUGUGGUUUUUAUCACUUCCCUUCCACAAUAAAACCUUCCUCUUCUGUUGUUUGUGCAUUCUCCAAA